GUAUAACAACAUUAUCAAAGAAGUGUUACAUAGUAACGGUAGUUUAUGCGAUUUGGUGAAGACUUUGGAUUCCCGAUUAGAAAAAGAGGCUGAGUGGAACUAUUUUUUUGAGUAUCAGACUCUGUCAAUAUGUGUUGGAAUAGCAUCUGUUAGUAGUGAAAUAUUGCCUGCUGUUGACUAUAUACUCUUAGAAUACUUGAUGCCACAAAUUCUUUCUAUCGAGCAUAUUGAAAUGGCACAGUGUUUAUACUUCGAUGCGACAUUAGUCAACUUAUCAGUAAUUGGAUUGGAUAACAAGAAUGAAAAUGUAGAUGAUCAAUUUACAGAAGAUGUUUAUGACGCGAAGCAGAUUUUACUUAAGUCAAUGAUAUCAAAAGUGGAUCAAAUUAAUAUUAAAGAGACCUGGCAAAUCACUGAUAAACGACCUGGAAACAGCCAGAGAAAACACUUUGUUAUUGUCCUUGAUUCUAUUUCUUAUAUGUGUACAUGUAUGUCAAAUAUAUCCCAUGGUAUUCUAUGCCAACAUUACUUUCAAGUAAUGUUGGUGUCACGAAUUUCUGGAUUUCAUAUUGGAAUAGUGGUAUCACGUUGGUAUUGUAAUAGCAAGAAAAAGAAAAUUGAUCAGGAAAAUGUGAUUUUUGCAAAUUCAGAUGCUAGUGAAGCUCAACAAGCAAUAAGCAAUCGAAGUGCAGCAGCCAGGCGUUCUAAAUUUGGUGAAAUUUGGGGUCUUGCGCGGCAAGCUGUACAAUUGGCUAUAGAAUGUGAUGAUAAUGAUAUGGAACUAUGGUUGAAAUGUUUUAUUAAUCAAAAGAAGCAUCUUUUAAUACAAAAUGAAGAGCCUAAAGACAGUGAUGACAGUAAAGAUAGCAAAAAGGAAAAUAAUUCUACAAUCAAAAAUCCAGCGAUUACCAAGUAUAGGGGCAGACCUGCGACUAAAAGAUUCAAGGCUGCUACAGAAAAGCCUCGCCAUCAGACGUAUACAUGUCGAAGCUGUGGUAAGACUAGGCACAAUAGUGCAAGAUGUCAAAAGAAAGGUGGUUAA